AUGCCGGCACAUCGAACACGCCUGGCUUUCGAGCCACUCUCGCCUGUCCUUGAUAUUCAUCGAGUUGUCGAAUCAACUCCUAAUUUUGAGUUUGCGAUGGAUAUCACUUGUGACUCAAUUGAGGAAUUUCCCCUGGAGGACUUUGAAAGGCUUGUCCUGUUCCAGGUUGUCUUGAGCGGAAGACCAUUGGUCAUCAGAGGUUUCAAUCGGCGCCUUGACAAGAGUCUUUUCUCGGAAAAAUGGCUCCGAGAAAAAUACGCGAAGAAAGGCGAGUUCGCGCUCUUGAUCAUUCCUCUCGAGGAAGUCCGGGAUCUAGUCAAGAAGAAGACCCAAAACUUUAGUAUGGGCCACUAUCUGGAAAGCCUGUCACUGCUCACUCGGCAGGUGACCGUGGACAACUAUGCAAACAAAGACAUCCAACGGCUGUACCUCAAGGACAUUGACUGCCCUCCCGAGUGGCGCGCGUAUCUUGAGAACCUGUUACCACCUUCAUUGUUCUACCUGAACGAAGCACCCAAAGCCUUUGAGGGCCCUGCGUCGGGAAAGACGAAUAUGUCCCAAAUCCCCAAGUCCGCCCAAGGCGACCUCAUCGCUCCAGCAGGCGAUUUGAUGAGCAGUCUGCCCCCAAAAAUGCGUGCGGAGAACCUCAUGUGCUACAUCGGCCAUGAGGGUACGUACACACCAGCACACCAGGAGAUGUGUGCCAGUCUUGGUCACAACAUAAUGGUCGACGCAUCCGAUGGGUCUCCAGAAAAGGGCAAGCCAACAGAACCGGGUUCUUCUAUCUGGCUCAUGACAGAGACCAAGGACCGCCGUAUCGUUUCCGAAUACUGGAUGUCUGUUCUUGGGCAUGAUAUUGAUAUUGAGGAUUUCUUUGCUCCCUUGCAUGCGUGGGAGAUUGCACCAUUCAAGACCUGGGUGGUUUGGAAUCGCGGCACUCGGACGAUGAAAGUUGCGUGGAAUCGCACCACUGUGGACACGCUCGAGCUGGCUCUGCGUGAAGCUUUGCCGCAUGCGCGAAUGGUCUGCCGUGAUGAACAGUACAAGAACAAAGCAAUUGUUUACUAUACUCUUGAGCGGUAUUACAAAUUGUUGCGGGAAGCAAAAAAGGUUGACCAUCCAGCGGUGGUUCAGCUGUGGGACGAUUUCAGACGACUGUUUGAGAUGUACAAGAACAUUUUGUUGUCUGAAUCCUUCUCACAAAAGAAGCCAGAGAAGAACGUCGAGUAUCACGAGUUCCAGAGCAAUGUCACCUGCUCAUUUUGCCGGUGCAACAUCUUCAACCGGUUUCUUACCUGUCCUGGCUGCGCAAAUUCUCUUGGCGGCGAGGAAGACCCUUAUGAUGUAUGCAUGGAUUGCUACGUCAUGGGUCGAAGCUGUGCAUGUGUUUCGAACCUCAAGUGGAUGGAACAAUUUCAAUGGAAGCACUUAACUGAGCGCUACGAGACAUGGCGACGGCUGAUAAUUUCCUCUGACGAGAACAACAAGGGCUUGAAGGUUCAGUUCCCCACUUUGAUUGUCGCCCGGGGUCAGGCAGGGAAAAAGUCUGUGGCGGAGAUUUGCCAAGAGCAACUGAUGCGCCGCCCCUGGAAUGACCCCAAGAAGCCCAAGCGCGUGGUAGACAACACGAUUGAAGAGACUGGUAGCGAAUGCGAAGACAACGCUCGGUCUAAAAAGCGCCGCAAAUUGCGGCAGUCUCGCAUGGCAAAAUCAGAUGACGUCCACCGCUGUCACGUUUGCCUUCAUUUCGAGGUCAACUGGAAGCUCGCACCUUGCUCGAACUGUGACCAGCGUUACUGUUAUGGUAGUUUGUUCCGCGCAUUUGAGAUCUCCCCGCAGGCGGCCAUGGAAAAACAUCACUGGUUGUGUCCAAAAUGCCGCAAGGAAUGCAGCUGCGGUGCUUGCCAGCGUGACCCAUCCAUGAAACCCUAUGAACCUAACUGCACCAUUCUGGGCCAUGACACCAGUAAGGUCGCCGAUCCCCGCAGCAUCGAAACCUUGGUGGAUUUCCGGAAAUCGAAUCUGUGGUGGUUGAAGAAAUUUGGCGAUGAUGUUCAUGGACGCAUCCAAAAACGCCAGAAGGAAGCCGAGGAAGCUGAAAUGGAACGGCAGAAGACCCUAGAAGACCAGGGCUUCAGCUUCGAGUCAAGUCCGUUCGACCAGCCAGCACAAAACGGCAAUGGGGAUUAUGAUAUUCCACUGGGCUUUGCUGAGAACGAUGGGGGCAUUCCCGUUGAUCCAUCAUUGAUGGUCGAGGCAGGCACUUGA